CUGUCUGACUGCAGGGGAGGGGGAUAGAACAGGAAGAGAGAGAGCGAGAGAGAGAGAGAGAGAGAGAGAGACAACCCAGAAUCUAUGAUGAAUGGAGAGUAUCUGUCUCAGGCACCAAUCACUGAAGGGCUCAUUUUAUCUACUGGUUGGUCGGAAAAUCCCAUCAACCCCGAAAGGAAAUGUCAGCUUCCUGAAGUGAAAUACAUGUAUGAUUCUGAGUGGAAUAGCAAGACUAUUUCUGACAUAUCCACCAUAUUCCCUGCAGAAGUAAAGAUGCCAUUUCAAUGCUUUGUCUGCGGGAAAGGAUUUGGACAUAGACAUAACUUAGCAAAACAUCAGCGCAUCCAUACAGGAGAGCGUCCAUAUAGCUGCACGCAAUGUGGAAAAAGCUUUAUCCAGAAACAGCACCUCACCAAGCAUCAGAGGCUGCACACUGGUGAGAAACCGUAUACAUGUCCGGUAUGUGGCCGUGGUUUUAGCUUGAAGCACAAUCUGACGACCCACCAGAGAAUCCACACUGGGGAGAAGCCAUACGCAUGUGCUAAAUGUGACAAGACCUUCAGUCGCAGGGAGAACAUGCUCAUCCACCAGCGAGGCCAUGAGAAAAUCAAAGAGACCAGAGAUUUUCAACAAGUGGAUCCUCCGCUCUGUCAUUACCCUGUAGGUCCACUGUCCUUUCCAGUAGUCCAAGAGGAGGAUAAUAAGACCCAUUUGAAUUUGCCAAACAGGGAAUCUUCAGUGAAUGCCAAACCUUUUAUAUGCCCUCAAUGUGGAAAACGCUUUGGCAAUAAACAGACUUUUGUCAAUCAUUACAGGAUCCACACUGGGGAGAGGCCAUACUCCUGCCCUCAAUGUGAGCGUCGCUUUGUACAAAAGCAGCAUCUGACUAAGCAUCUUCGUGUUCAUACAGGGGAGAAACCAUAUACAUGCAGCCAGUGUGGACGCAGCUUCAGCGUGAAGCAUAACUUAUUUACUCAUAUGAAGACCCACACUGGAGAAAAACCAUAUACCUGUUCUCAGUGUGGAAAACGCUUUACUCGCCGGAACACUUACCAUUUACACCAGUCCAUCCACUGCAGGAAUAAACCUUCAUUACUGCAAACUUUUGACACUGUGCAUGCAAAAUCACCACAGACCCUGCCAGAGGUAAAUAUUGCUCCAAAAACCUUAAACUUUAAAAAUGGACUUCUUCCACGGAGGCUGCAGUCUGGUUUAGGAAUAUAUACCUGUAACAUCUGUUUAAAAAUGUUUAAGCACAAACAUACUCUCAUAAACCACCUGAGGAUCCACUCCGGAGAGCGACCAUACCCCUGUGAGGUGUGUGGAAAAGCAUUCAUCCAGAAACAACACUUGACUAAGCAUCAAAGGCUACACACUGGGGAGAGACCAUAUCUCUGCAACCACUGCAAUAAGAGCUUCAGCGUCAAGCACAACCUGAUGGUCCAUCAAAGGAUCCACACUGGGGAAAGGCCCUACACCUGCACUGAAUGUGGCAAGAACUUUAACCGCAGGGCGAUCCUUACAGUACACAGAAGAACACACUGCAACAAUAAACCUAAAUCCAUACCUCCUACCUCCCACAUGACAGAACCUGGAGACCCAAAUAUUUACCAAGAAAAGUGUCUGCUAAUUGAAGAUAAUGGUGAGAGCAUUACUUUACAAGAUUCCACAGUGACAUCUCUAGUGGCAUCACCAUUCACAUGUUCCAGCUGUAGCAUGCGCUUCAGGACAGAAUUAAGUUUGCAUAGACAUGAAAAAUCUCAUAUUGAAACGCAACAUUUUUCCUGUAUAAAGUGUGGCCAAAGCUUUUCACAGAAAGAGCAGCUCUUGGAGCACCAGGAUCUUCAUUCCAAGGAGACGGCCCACGACUGUGAUCAGUGCGGAAAAACAUUCCUUCAGAAAACACAUUUAACCAAGCACAAGAAGAUGCAUACUGGACACAAAGCUUACACAUGUGAUACAUGUAAACAAAGCUUCAGUUUCAAGCACAACCUUCUCACUCACCGCAGAACACACACUGAGGACUAUCCAUACCCCUGCACUAAAUGUGCCAAGAGCUUUAGCCGCAAAGAGACAUUGCAAAUUCAUAAGCAGAGUCACCAAAGACGUUUCACUCAUAGUAGCACCUCGGUGGAGAUGCAUAAUAAGCAUGAAACAAGAACAGAGUACAAAUAUUUCCACGAUCAACCACACAACCAAGGCUUCAAAUGUUCAGUGUGUGACAAAACAUUCACCCAGAAGAAUAACCUUAUGAAUCACCUGAGAAUCCACUCUGGGGAGAGGCCAUACCCUUGUCAGGUUUGUGGAAAAAGCUUUAUUCAAAGACAGCAUCUGACAAAGCACCUUCGACUGCACACUGGGGAAAGACCCUAUGCCUGCCACGAGUGUGGGUGGAGUUUUAAACUAAAGCACAACUUGAAAACCCAUCUGAGAAUUCACACUGGAGAAAGACCAUAUGCCUGUGGCCAUUGUGGCAAGAGUUUCAGCCGUCGUGGUAUCCUACUCUCUCAUGAGAGAACACAUCACCAACAGACUACUCCAAGCAGUACUGAGGAGGGAGCCCAGAUUGUAGUAGUAGUGGAGGAAGAUGAAGAGGAAAUAAAAAAGAUCAUGCAACAAGAGAAAAGGAGGCCAUAUCAGUGCAACCAGUGUAAAAAGAACUUCAGCCAUUUGUUCACCCUGAUCAACCACCAGAAAAUGCACUCAGGAAAAAUGCCUUACAUCUGUACUGACUGUGGGAAACACUUCACCCAGAAGCAGCACCUGACCAAGCACCAGUGUGUUCACACAGGGGAGAAGCCUUUCACGUGCAAGCAGUGCGGCAAAGGAUUCAGAUUUAAACACAAUCUGACAAAUCACCAGAGAUUGCACAAUGGAGUCAAACCCUUCAGGUGUGCACACUGCAGCAAGACUUUUAGCCAGAAGGUCAACCUGAUUUGUCAUGAGAAGAAGUGUUGUCCCAGCAUAUGUAGCAAGAGUGACAACCUCUGCCAUGAUGAUGGAGGUCAUAUCUCAGUCUGAAUGAGAAGCUCUUGUGAGUUGAUGGAGCAUUUAUAUGGGUCUGACUGGAGAACUCUCACAAGAUGAUGGAGAUUUUCGUUGGUUCUGUAAAAGAUAAUGGAUUGUAGGGAAGAACUUCUCAAGGGAUGGGGAGUAAUAGUUAGCCUUAUUUAUAGCUGGAGAAUGUACAACUUCAAGACAUAUAAGACAUGAACUACAACAUCAGGAUCAAUUAAAUAAACUGGUAGAAACCAUGGAUAGAGACCGUUAUGCAUUUCAUGAUAGGGGGCCCUACGAUAGCUGAAUUGAUGGUGACAAGAACCUACACUGUGGAGAGGUCGUACUCUUGUGGAAUAUUAAUGCCACUCAUGCACAGUGUAACAAUGUUUGCACUGAAUCCAGGAAAGGCUGCAUGAAGUUACGGCACAAGUGACAUCAGUAUCAGUGCCACCCUGUUUCACUAUGUCAUUCAUUUUAAUAUCAGACUAUAAAACUAAUGAAUUGAUUACAUUGACUGUUGAAGUCUGGAAGGUUUUGGUGCAUUAGAAAGACAGGUGUGUCUAGCAGCACCAGUUAAAGAAUAAGUGCUUUAGGAUCUGUAUGUAGAUACAGGAGGGGGUUGGUCCUUCACCAUAGAAAUGUUGGAGCAAUAUUCAUAAGUCCCAGUUCCUAUGUGGAAUGCAAUAACAGCAGGUAGGUCAGCAUUUAGUGACCCUCAUUGUGAAUGGUUAGAAGAAGCCCGCAAAAUCCAUUAAACUUCUGCAGAGUGUGUGCAUUGACUGUGACUUGUAAUAUACUGCACCUAAAUUGCUGACAUAAAUAUAAUAGGAUUCUGAGCCUGUUUUGUUUAUAAAACAAGUGGAUUUGGUGUAAAAGACGUGUAACACGUUUGCUGGGUACGUCACAUAUAAAUGGCCCCAAAUGGCUAGUGAGAGGGGUCCAUGUUAAAGCUCUCAGCGAGGUAUCUGUUCGCUUUGCCACCAUACCAUUCUCAUAGUGAGUCAUUGGUGGCAGUCCAGCAAUAUAUUGGCAAAGGCUAUCAUUUGACAUGCUGUGGCAGUGUCCCCCGAUCCAGUCCAUGCCGUCUGUCUACCUGCUUGCUGUGCACAGAGAGCUGCAUGCACCAGGCUGUUGAUUGGCUUUCAAGCUGUCUGAAUACUGUGUCAGUUAGCCUAGUAGAACAUUAUAGGAAUAGGGGUUAUAGGUUUGGAACUAGUGUUGGUUCAGUUCUGCCAGUUUAGUAACACAGAUUCCUUCACUAAGGAGGACAAAGAUAAAUCUGCUAAUUUGAACUCUCCGAAAUCCUGGAAAGGGUAUAGCUGUGGCGGUUUUCUGUAUCUGGGAGAUGAAGCAGGAUUCACUUCUAAGAUCUUUGAUGUAGUAAGACACACAGACCUGUGAAAUGUGUACUUAAAAUUCAAUAUGUAUGUGAAGAAAUUACUGCAGUGAGAUGGUCUAGUGGAAAGAAUCAAAAUGCCCGAUAUUAAGUAGCCUAAGUUAUCUACUUUUGAAAAUGGUAUGCGGAUGCCACGAUGGAGGUAAAGUGCAUUUGGGGGUCUGAUAAUUUUGCAAUGGUGGGACACACACAGUCUGCAAUAUAAUAAAAACUAA